UUACAUCGUGACGACGUUCCGUUUUAAGGGGGAAUGCUAGCGUGUUAGGUGUCGGUGGUUUUUUGUUCUUCUCCCUCUCACGACCCGCCUGACGGCGGUCAGAACAGAUCUGUCAUCUGUGUGACACCGCGGACAUCCGGUUGAAUGGGAUCUAAUCAGUGUGCAAAGGAUUACAGGUUCGGAAAUAGUGUGAACUAGAUGAUCCAGCGCGCGCGUUGAUCUGGAUUUCGGGAUUCGGGAAGUUGCCGUGCCGUGAGCAAGUGAAUCUCUAUCUCGCAGCAGGGGGGAAGGACCUCCUCGGAGCUGCUGCCUGCCGUGAUACCGAAUAUUGUCCUAGCGGAAAUAGCUUUGAAGCUGCAUCGGGAAAAACACACGAAUACCAUCGCAGCGUGGAAAAGCUGGAAAACAUUGGUGAUCUUGGGAAGCUAGUUUAGAGUGCUGCUGCGGUUAAGGAUGUGAGGUUUUGAUGGAGGAUAGCUGACGGAUGUUCGAUGCCGUGGCAGUGAAUCGCUAGGAUUUCGGGAUUUUCACACAGAAACCAGUCAGUGGGGUUUCUGGUCGAAGGGAAAAUUUCCCUUUUUCUCAACCAGAAGGGGAGAGUGUGUUUGUGAGAAAUUGCCUUGGAUGCUGUGUGUAGAGAUAUGCGGAAAAGCGUGUGCUAGCGUAUUGCGAGAAUUGCGAUAAUUUCGAAACACCAACACUCAACCAGUGCACUGGUGGACCACGGGAAAAGAGAGGACUCUGGUGUUAUUUGGUGAAAUGCAAAGCGGAGGAUGCUUUUGACAUCUGGAAGAUUUUUCCUACAGUGAGUUGUUUGGCUACGGAGUGUAGUGCUGUCGUGCCGUGUGGUAUCAAACAUAAAAAAAUAUUCUCGUAUCCUUGAGUCUACUGCUUAUCGAAAUAGUGAAGCCAGAUCCUCCCGCUCCUAACUCGGGACUGGGUGGUGGUAGUGUUGAAUAAUCCCGUACGGACGUUGGUUGAAAACGUGAAUUUGAAGGGAAAAUGAGGGUGGAUUUAGUGAAAGGCCUCCCAGUCGGAUGCUGAUAGAAGAUUUAUGAUCUCCGGUUGUCAACCAACCGAUUACCGUCGACAGGGAAGCAGCUGAGCAUUAAUGAUGACACCUCUGCCGAGGACAGUGUCGAAGAAGCAGCGGUGAUUACGCGAAAAAACCCCGGGAACAACGAUUGCCAACACCAGGCAGCGAAGAAAAGGGGGUGGAUUUUGUUAUCAGUGUGAAUAAUAACAGAAAAAGAAAAAGAGCCGUUCGUUCCCUUGUCGAUGAAUAAAUGCGAGUGGGAAACCGAAAUUGUGAAUAGUGCUGCUGCCUGGUAAUACCGAUCCCAAAAUGGCAAAUAGUGAAACGGGAUAGCUAAGCUAAGUGGGAGACAAGUGCAAUUUUAUUUCCUCUAUUCUUGUGGCUGCAACGAUCUUGUGGGAUUUGCGGUUCUACUCGGUUUUGUGAUAUCGUUUGUUUUGGUUGCACCUUUCGCCUGUGGCUGUAUUUUUUUGAUUUUUCGAGGAGUGAAUUCUUCUAUUGAAGUGAAGUGCGACAGUGAUUGUAAGCCAAGAAGAAGAAGAAAAAGAAGAAUAGCUUACUCAGUCAAUGUAUCGGAUUAAUACAAAGUUCUGAACCUACUAGUGUCUCGUAACAGCUUUAAUCAACUAGGAAUACCAAAAUGUCUCAUCAGCGGUUGCAGUUUCAAACAAUCCUCACCGUUCUAACAGUACUACCUGCACUACUAGUCAGUGCACAGCAGCAAAAGUUUCGGGUGAUGCCCCGAGACCUCCAGGUGCUGGAGGGCUCCGAAGCGCUGCUGCGAUGCGAAAUCUACAACCUGGCCGGGGCAGUGCAAUGGACCAAGGACGGAUUUGCUCUGGGGUUUUCCCAAACGAUACCGGGCUACCCGCGCUACUCGGUGCUCGGUGACCGUGGCCAGGGCGUGUACAAUCUGCGCAUCUCCAACGCCUCCCUGGAGGACGACGCCGAGUACCAGUGCCAAGUGGGACCGGCAAAAUUCAACUCAGCGAUCCGAGCCAAUGCCAAGCUGAUUGUAAUAUCACCACCGUCGUCGAUCGAAAUUCAAGGCUACAGCCACAACUCCAAGGUGGAAGUACGGGAAGGUCAGGACCUGACGCUGACCUGUGUCGUCGCGAACUCGAAACCAGUGGCACAGAUCGUCUGGUACCGGGGGAACUCGGAGUUUAAAUCCGACUCCAUCGAGAACAAGGUGAUCGAAACGGAAGGCAAGCGGUACACGGUGACGUCCCAGCUGCGAAUAAAGCCCAGCUCGGACGAUGACUACAUAGAGUACACCUGCCAGGCCAAGCACAAGGCUCUCAACCCGGACAAACCGAUGCAGGCGACGGUGCAGCUGUCCGUGCUGUAUCCACCGGGGGCCCCGUACAUCGAAGGUUAUACCCAGGGCGAGACGCUACGGCGCGGACAGAGCGUGGAGCUGAUCUGCCGGAGCCGGGGUGGAAACCCACCGGCGCAGUUGAUCUGGUACAAAAAUGGCGUCCAGGUUCGGAUGGCGUACCGCACGUCGGAGCGGCUGUCGGAGAACAUCUACUCCUUCACGGCGGAAGCUGGCGACAACAAGGCCCGGUUGCGGUGCGAAGCUAAUAACAUUAUGGCCACCGCACCGCUGAAGACGGAGGUGACGCUGGCGGUGCUGUUCGCACCGACGCACGUCACCAUCUCGGGUCCAUCGGAGGCCCGCGUCGGCGACCGGGUUCCGCUGCAAUGUCAAACGGCACCGUCCAACCCGCCGGCCGAGAUCAAGUGGAGCGUCGGUGGUCAUCAGGUGAAAAAUGCCACUUCGCGAACAAUCGAAAGCCCGGAAGGCGGCUGGAUGACGACGUCCAACAUCACGGCACCGGUGGACACCAACAAGCGCUCGCUGGUCGUCAUCUGCCACGGACUGAACAUGCAGCUAACGGAGAAUGUUGUGUCGACCCACACCGUGAACAUAUUGCUUCCACCGAGUGCGCCGAUUAUUUCCGGCUACGUCGAAGGUCAGAUCAUCCCGGCCGGUUCCGUGCAGAAGCUGCUGUGUGUAUCCUCUGGUGGAAAUCCCCUGGCCACGCUGAAUUGGUACAAGAACGAUAAGAAGAUAAAUUCCGUCAUCAAAACGGUCGACAAAUCGGUCUCCGCCGAGCUCACCAUCCUGGCGAACGUCACCGACAAUCAGGCCCGAUAUCGCUGCGAAGCCCAGAACUCGGCCACCGAAAUUCCACUGUUCGAAACGAAAACACUUAGCGUACACUUUUCCCCGGAGACGGUGAAGAUAACGAUUGAUCCUCCGGAGCUGAAGCCAGGUAUCGAAGCAACGCUAAUCUGCGACUCGAGCUCCAGUAAUCCACCAGCGAAAAUUUCGUGGUGGCGCGAUGGAAUUGCAGUACAAGGCAUAAAUAAUGCAUCCAAGCCGGGCUUGUGGGGAGGCACCGUAUCGUCGCUGGAGCUGAAGGUAAACAUCACCCAGGAUAUGAACGGAAACGUCUAUACGUGUCAGAGCACGAACGAGGCAUUACAGCGCAGCGUACACGAGGCAGUCAAUUUGCAAGUACUAUAUCCGCCCAAAUUUUCACCGCCCCCAUCGUCUACCGCCGUAGGCGUAGAAGGCGAAUCCCUCACGGUUGCCAUGGUUGCCAACGGAAAUCCCAUGUCCAUUGCAUAUACCUGGACUAAAGAUGGCCUACCGAUUCUAUCUUCCGGUGUCCAACGGAUCGUCUCCGAGGGGCCGAUCCUAAACAUUACCAAGCUGACGCGGAACGACGCCGGAAUCUACACGUGCGAAGCCGUCAACUCCCAGGGCUCGGCAAUGAUUAAUAUCACAGUCGUGGUCGAAUAUGGCGCAUCGAUAAAAUCCAUCUCCGAGAACGUGGUCGUAAAUCCGGGCGAGGAUGCAAUGCUUUCAUGCACCGUUGAAGGCAAACCACUGAACGAAGAGCACAUUCGAUGGGAACGGAUCGGGUACGACAUGACGAUAAAAACGUCGACGACAUACGCGAACGGAACCAGCUAUCUGCACAUCAAGGAUGCCCGGCGCGAGGAUGUUGGCAAUUUCCGCUGUAUCGCUGAUAAUCGUGUUGCGAAUCCAACCAGCCGUGAUGUUUUAUUGAUUGUGAAAUUCAUCCCGGAGAUCGACAAAUCCCCGCCCAUGCUCCGCGCAGCAGCCAGCGGUGGCGAACGGGGCCGUCUACCCUGCCGGGCCCAGUCCGCACCCCGUCCCAAGUUCUACUGGUCCCGGGCGGGCCAAAGUUUGAACGUGAACCAAACCGCCAAAUACUACGUCGAGAACAAACAAAUUGACUCGCUGACAUACGAAUCGAUUCUGCUAAUCGAACGUGUCACCUCCAGCGAUUACGGCCAGUACGAGUGCACCGCCCGGAACGAGCUCGGUAGCGUCAAGGAGAACGUACGGUUAGAUGUAACCUCACCGCCCGAUCCGCCGCUAAGUUUGAACAUUCUCAACGUGACGCACGAUACGGUGAUGCUCGCCUGGACGCCCGGUUUCGAUGGCGGUAUGAAGGCCAACUAUCGGGUGCGCUAUCGGGAGGCCAACAGCGAUCACUACCGGUACGAGGACAGUCUUCCGAACUCGCACAAACUGACCAUCGUUGGGCUGCGAAUGAACACGCUGUAUCUGUUCUCGGUGAUGGCCUCCAAUGCGCUCGGUUCCAGCAAAUAUCUGCCCGAUACGACUCGGGCACAAACGAAAGAUACCCCUCCGUCCCAGCCGGCUUCUUCCCUGGGCAGUAAGCCACCGGUUGGGCCGCCCCCAUCGUCCAUUGGAGCCUCCGGGCUGUUGCUGCUGAUAGGCGUCGCAGCCGGUAUCUGCCUGGUGCUGCUCAACAUACUGCUCAUCGGAUGCUGCAUCCACCGGCGAACCAGCCACAAGCGAGUGAAAAGGGGACCGGAACCAGUGCCCUCGGAGCUGGCGGAAAAGGCAGAACUUCCGAGUUUUGUCAUUUUCUGUAUCGCUCUCGCCGGUCUCUGCCUGCUGGUGGUGAAUGCCGGCCUGGUCGCCUGGUUUAUCAUUAAGAAGCGAUCCAAAGAUUCAUCCAAUCAAAAUAGCAAAUCCGCCACCAUUGAAAUGUACGCCCCAAGUUCAUACAAUGACACCGUUACAGGCGAAACACUGUCCAGCGUGUCGGAAAAGAGCGACUCCUAUUCAAAUGACGGCAGCCAGCCGGACUACAUGGAUGAAACUCGUAAAAAAGCUGCCUCCACGUAUCUGGUGGAAAACACGGAUAUGCCGCCACCACGCUACCAGAAGGAUGGCACAUUGCCCCACUAUCCAAACAAUAUCAAUGCAGCUCACACACGAACGUUGCCCCAUCCUCGACACAACAAUGUGCCGUACGAGCAGCGAAGCCGCGAUGAUCAGCUGCUCGGCAAGAGCAACUAUGUCACCGCACCAUCUCCUGGGCCACCACUCGACGGAUCCUAUUACAACAUGAACAGCGACCGUUACCUAUCCUAUCCGCCUAUGGACUACCCUCCGAUGGAAUUCUCCACACCACCACUGCCAGUGAUACCGGCGUUGCCAGCCAACACGAACGGAACCCUGCGGAGAGGUACCCGUGCAAUGGUCCCACCACCGGACGUGACGCACCACACACAGCACACAGUGAAAUCUCUGCACGACAGUUCCGCCUCUUCCGGGGGAUUGAUGAACAUUUCGCAAGUGUCUCAAUCGACGCCCAAACAACCGCAGGGCAUUCUGAAAGACCCGAACAAGCGCAACCAACAGCAACAGCAACAACAGCAGCAACAACAACAGCAACAGCAGCAGUCCAAUCAGCAACAGAUCGGUUUGAACCAUCUAAACAGCAUCGGCGGUGGGCUGCAGAUGCUGGGCGUUCAGAACCCAUCACCCGUACCGAUGGGUCCGGGGUUAGUCUCGGUUGGCGGAGGAUCCCUGGUGCCCGGGGGCAGUAGUUUAGGUAACAAUUUGCUCAUCGGAUCGUACGAUCCGAGCAGUACGAAUCUGAGUUCGUUCAAUGCAUCGCUCGGCUAUACGGACGCCGACGGUCAUCUAGUGUAGGCAAUUAUUAAGAUAAUAAUUAGUAGAUUAGAAAGUCUAGAUCGCAGGGGUGAAGAGGGCCGGGGUAGGAGAUUAGCCGGGAAGGGGUACCGGAAGACCGAUGUGGUAGAAUGAGGAGACGCAUGGUGGAAACAGAAAAUUCUAACAAACGAAAGAUAACUGUACAGGAUAAAGAUGGGGGAAGGUGGAGACGGGUUGGGGUUUUUUCCCUGGAACCGAUCAGGAUUCGAUGAGAAGCCGUAGCGGGAAGGGGAAUGCUGCCCGAGCAGUAGCAGAAGAAGUCGAGAACAGAAACACAAAGAGAAUUAAGACAAAGAUAAUUCUAUUAAAACAAUCUUUUUAACCUUAAAGUAAUUAUUAAUGACAAUUAAAUUGUUGAGUUUUAAACGAGCGAGUUACGGGAAAGUGUGAUAGAGUGAGUGAUAAUGAUGAUGAUGAUGAUGGCGAUGCUGAAGUGGAAAACCAUGUUGAAUAGUUUACGUUAUACAACAAACCAGGAGAGGGGGCCUGGGUAGUCCAGUCGUUGAACCCGGAGUGCCCGUUUUUAAGGCGUGUGAACGAAGCGUGAAAUUUAAUCAGUCUUCUCAGUUAAGUGAUUUGUUUUUAAGUUUUUCAAUAAGUAGAUUUUCACAUACGUACGUUUACCUACGAAUAAUGAUCCGUUGAUGGUUGAUGCUUUGAAGUUGGUUCAUGAAGGUGUCUAGAUGUAGUUUUUGUGGAUUUAUAGCAGCUUUUGUGGAUGGCAAAUUUUAGUAUUACUGACUGCAUGUAGGGAUAAAACUAUGUAAUGCCCAAAAUAAGUGUCUUGCGAAAAGAUGGGUGGAUAAUGUGGAACAUAGGCGGAGGGCCGUAAUUGCUCACAAGGUUAAUAAUUAUCGUCUCAGUAUACCGAUCAUGAUGUAGAGUCUCCUGAAUAGAUGCGCUGUCUUUUUGAAACACUUAGCUACGAAUGAUCUUAUAGACAACUAUUUAGUUUCAUAGGUCGGGCCAUAAAACCAUUUGCUCUUUUCCGAUGUGGCUAACGUCAAAUAUAGGUAGUUCAAUUGUUUCUUCACUUUUUGACGCAUGAAAUGAUAAAUGGACUUUGCUGAAGAACCUCUAGUAAGCUUCUGGCCAAAAAUACACAUCCCAGAAAUCAUAAGUAUUCCUAUUCUACCGCUAGAAGCAUAAUUGUCCCAUGUGUAUAGGGAUUCCCAUAGCACAUGGGACAGUUAUACUUCUAGCGACAGUAUUAUGGAUACGUGUAAUUCUUACUUCUUUGGACACAUCUCUUCUUCUUGUUUACACUCUAUUUAGAGAUCCCACUUUGUAGCUGUCAACUAAUGUUUCAUCCAGUAUAUUGACUGCCCAUAAUCGCAAGUCAGUCCCAUGUAGAUAGGGAAUCCCAUAGAACAUGAGACUGACUUGCGAUUAUGGGCCGUUGAGACUGACUUGCGAUUAUGGGUAGUAUAGUAGCAUAAGUUUCUUUUACGCACAUUCAGAUUUGGUUUUUUUUGGUUUAGGGUAUCCCAAAAUGUCCAAGCACGUACUAAAAAAGGCAAUAUAACCUCUAAUUUGAGCAAAUUUUUAUUUAACUUGCUAUGGUAUCCUCUCACAGUUUAAUAUGUCAACUUCGAGCUUUGGUCUUACGCUGCCAGUUAGCAUCAGUACCGAUUCCUUGCUGACAAUUGUGGAUACGCUUUGACGAGGCCUCUGAAAGUAUCGAUCGGCCUAGUUUUUAGAACAGUUUGGUGCAUUCUUCUCUUUAGGAAUAAAUUGAACCCGUUGACUUUAUACCGGUUCACCGUGCUCUUGGAAUAAUGCACUAAUGCCACAUCCGGCAUGAACAGUGCGGGUGCGUCAUGUUUGCGGAUCAGGGGCAACAACCGCCGAUUCUAUGUUUCCAUUAUCUCUUUUGUAAUUUGUGAUUUUAACAGUAAUCUGGAAUCACAAAUGGCUUGCCAAACCAUCGCUUUCUCAGCAUCGUCAAUGCUUCGGCUAUUGAAAGUGCUGUGUUAAGGCUCAUUUGGAAGAAUCAUUAAAAUAAAUUUUACGUGCGAUGAAUCAUCUAGGAUGACGCCAAUUUUUUGCACAUAUAAUAUAACUGUCGGGGUCAUGGUUUGCUUGAUGCGGGUUGUUUUGUUCUACGUUUGGGAUUCGCAUGUUACUGACAGCACACUGGAUGUUACUUUUAGAAGAUUCCACUUUUUAGCCACAUCGCGAUGCGAAGCCUUUCGUUUAACUUCUUGCAGCAUGUUUUACACGGCCUCCUUGGCCAUUUUCCUCGCCGCAGAACGUCAGUUUACCUUUAACUUCACUUCGUUGACAACCGUCAUUCGCGUCUUCCGGAGGUUUCGCUUGACGAUUCACCAAUAUUUUUCUUUUGUGCGGAUCUUUGGUACAUCGGAAGGGUUCAUGCCUUGGACACCACCUGGAAGUUCCACGAUGUUUUCCCUGUAACAGCAAGAUAUCAAAUCCUACCAAAACAGAACUGAACAGAUGGCAACAGACGUUUUCGAGGCCCUCCUGUACAUAAAUUUCCUGGUUGGUGGUCCCAGUUGCGAUGUAAAUGUUGCUCUUCAAGCCACCGGAACGGAUGGCCUGCCAUACAACAUAUUUCUUUGCGAUCAGGUUCAUGUGUUUGAAACUCUCUGCAAUCUUUCAGUCGACGUAUAAUAUUCCUGUCCAGUCCUCUAGUUUGCCUUGACGUAGGAUUCAUCAUCCUGUACCACGCAAUCAAAUUCCAUCAGCAUCUUAAUGUAAAGCUCCCGCGAUCGUUCUCUGACCGACUUGUUUUGCUUAUCGUCACGAUUUAGACUCACCACUUUUUUGUAAGUCGGUAGUCCAGCUCGUUUCUUGCUCGAUGUACGUUUGUAGGUGCCAUUCUUAGCCGGCUUGCGACAUCUUGAACGGCGAGGUAGGGGUUCCGCUUGAAACAGUCGGCCAUUCUUUUUGCCGUUAUGAUGCCUUCGGGCUUUUGAUUUCGUUCCGAUUUAGCCUUCCUGGCCCUGGCCGUCAACAAACGUUUUCCGAAUAUUUUUAUUACAUUGGUGACAGUUGAUUUGGCCACAUUGAAUAAUUUCGCCAGCAUAGCCUGCGAAUAAUUUGGAUUUUCGUGAUACGCAAGCAGAAUUUUGCUCCUCUUCCUUCACCAUUUCACAACUGAACAUCAAAGGUUAAAAUGAAACAGUAGGUAUUAUCCUACGCAUACACUAUCAAAAUGAAGGGUGUGCAGAUUUUUUAAUGCACGAUGAAAAAAAAUCGCCAAGUCGAAGUAGUCCAUUUGUUUAACGUAUCAGCCUUUAUGCAGAUUUCAGUGCGUAGAAAUCCACAAAAUCAGCAGUAUUCCAUUUGAAAUAGCCAAAUUUUGUUGUAAUGUGGUCGGUGAAACCAAGUGUUCUGUCGAAUGCCACUCUCAUGUUGCGGAUAGAACCUGCCCUUCCAGUGGCACUAGCUGGGAAAGUAUAUUCGCAACGCCUUAGAAUUGUCUAACGCGUAAAAUAGAUCAGCUUAUAUUUAUCAAUGUUAAUUUGUAAGCUAUACUGCUAACACCACUUCUCUGUUUUGGUUAUAACCGCAGAGUCAAGUUCUGAGGUAACUGAACGAAAGAUUUUCUGAUCACAAGCUUGGAGUAGUUUUCCAGACUUGGUGCAGAGAUCGUUGAUGAAUAAGAGCAAGAUAAGAGGCCCUAGGUGACUUCCUUGCGGGUAACCAGUGGACGUUUCAAAUACGGUUGUGCGUGUGUGGUGCCAAUUCUAACAAAAUCGGAUCGUUCGCAGAAGUAAGAUUGCAGCCAUCUGGUUAGCCAUGCCGGAAAUCCUAGUCGCUUUGUCGAAUGCUUUCGCAAAAUCAAAAUAUAUUGCAUCUACUUGUUGACAGUUCUCGAUAACUGGAACUAGAAAACUUGUGUGCAACAUCAAGUUCGAAGUGGUCAAGUAUUUUUUACAAGUUUUACAAGUGCUAAGAGAACAUAUUUGAUACAAAUUCACAAGCAAUCAGAAGAUUCUGUGAUUGCCAUCUCAUUUUCCAAUUUUGCAUUUUCAGGCAUGUAGCAUUUAAAGUCGUCUGUCAACUUUGUCCAGAACUGGCAAUGAAACGCUGACGACCUGUUCCAAACAUUUACAUCCAUUACUGUUAGAUUUUUCUAUAUCGCAAUAAGAACACCACCUCCGCGAUCUAGAGCACUGGUAGAAAAGUUGCAAGUUUAUUGUAUCAUCGUGUAGCCAAGUUUCAGAGGAGAGCUACGUUUUUAUUCUCAUUUCAUGAACGUUCUGGUAGUAGACAGACGGGAAAUCAUGUGUUGUACCCUAAGAAAAUCAGUAGCGUUCAGUCUUUCCAUCCUCUGUUUCGUCUUUCAAUUUUUUUGUAUCCCCCGCAAUUUUUGCCUCUUUCCGCGAAUGCUUAACACUAUCCUUCAAAUGUUUAAAAAUAUCUCGAAAGUUGGUCCAGAUAAGCUUCGAGUUGUGAUAUCCUGUCAAAAUUACGAAAAUGAUAUUACCGGGUACAAAUAUUUUAUAAAGGCCUAUCACGUUUACAUGUCCGCCCACAAAGUUGAGAUCGACGGUGAACUUGUCAUCUCUAGUAACAACUGAGGUUUUAUGAUGCUCAUGAAACCCUUCUUAAAACUAAUAAUGUACUUGGAGUGUGCUAUAAAACUAGAAAUGCGACUUGGGAUGUUUGGAUCUACUGAAGCACGGCUGUUGGCUGUUUCAAGAACACAAUGCUCGAACGAGUGAACAUUUUGGAGGGCGAUAGCACUGGAUGGGACUAAUUUGUAUGUCACUUCAAACUCGUACCUUCAAUGGAACCGCUUUGCCUACCCGAGCAAAUUCUUAUGCAUGCAAACACCGCAUAGCUCCUUGAAAAGGCCUAUCAAAAUCCAUACCCAUUUCAUGGGUUGAAUCCAUUUCAAACGUAUAAGUCACACACCAUGAGCAUGAGGGUUUUGUGGAUUUUUCUCCUUUCGGAUAAUUACGUCUUGUUUGAUAAGAUUCGUCAUUGGAAAUGCUGAAAAAAUGUACGUAUUGUGGAGAGAAUCCCCAUGAUCCAUUCCCAAGACACGCGAAUCUGAAUCGUUCCCUUAAAAAUGCUCCGAGCACUAUUUUGCAAAAUUGCUAAAGAAAACAACACCAACGACAAAUCGUUAAGCACUCUUGGAUUUGGAAGAGUGUGACUUUGUCGAUAUCCUUCCCGAUCAGGAGAUCAUAACAAAACUUAUCAAGGCUACAUUUCGUGUUGAUACCUGUUAUAAUUUUCUGUUAUUUUAACUACUAACGAGACCAACACAAUAUGAAUCUUAAAUUGCAUUCUGUUAUUUCAUUCUGGUUGGAUUGUGAAAUGAGAUUCCAUGUAAAGGCUAAAAUUUUUCCCAUGAGGGCUGCCAAAUAUAACAGCUCGAGGAAGCGCCGACACAAAGCGGAAGAGACACUGUUGUUACAAAUUUGAGAUCAGACGAUAAGUAGAAACUUAUCUACUUAUCGUCUGAGCACUAGAAAGUGUUUCCAGGUACACCAAAAAUUUCAAGUGACUGGUCGGAUCUAGGUUCGACAGCGUCAACUAUUGCGGAACCCCUCCUGACACUAGGGAAUAUCGACCCAUUCUCCCAUUCCCGUAAGCGACAUUCGGGUUGUUUCCCAUAAUUCGCUGUAUGCUGAAUCGAUAUGUUUCGGGCCCAAGUCCCACCUAUAUCCAUUUUGGUUUUAAAUAUUUAUCUAUAAAAGAACGAACACCGACUUAAUACCUAACCUCGAUCUAAGUAGGGCACGUAGGGAUCUGACCUGAGUUUGUGAUUUGAGUUGUUUGAUUAUCUGUAUGUGAUUUGCAUCCAAAGUCAGGUAAGAAGGAAUAUGUUUCGUAAUCUGGAUUCCCACAACAUCAACUGUUGGAAGUACAUGGGAAAAAGCUUUAAGGAACUCCAAGUUAGUGUGCGAUGCAAAUCUACGUUCCAUGAUUUCAUCAUCAUCCAUAUACACGGGAAUCUUGGCUCAGACGUUGUUGUAUUCGAUGUUUUGUUGCAUGAGAUUGUGCACAUUGAUGCUUCCAGCCUCGAUUAAUCUUCUGUGAACAUUGGCAGUGCCACAUUACACUCAUGUGAGGAUUGACGUCGUUAUCACCUUUGGUAACUGUUCCACCAAGCGCACAUUUGGUUCAAUACGAAUUUAUUUGAAGUCAAUCGCAAUGGUAAUUAUCGUUUCACUUCUGUGGUUUUCUGACUUCACUGUUCAGCCGGAGGAAUGAUACUGUAUUGUUUGUUCAGUGGAUAAGCAACAAAGCAGUAGAAAUUGAUUGCUUAGUUUAUUGAUAGCUAUGACAGAGUGUUUUUUUGCUUUUACUCCGGGCUAGAUUAGAAGCUAGAUUGAAGCACAAAAAGCUUACAAAUAAAAGUGUCGCUCUGGUGUUUUUUAGUUUUUUCACCAAAAAAGGUCGGUACUAGAAACCUGUCACCGAGGAGACUUUAAUUCUCAUGGUACGGCAUGGAGCUGUUUUCUCUACAGUAAUCAGUCUAGCUUACUCCAAGAUCUUUGCUACAGCUUGGAGGUGGUUUACCUUCCUGCUCAUAAAUGUGGUCUGGCCCAUUUAUGUGAGCGAUGUAAGCGAUGAAUUUUGUAAUAAUUUUAGAUAUUUUUCUUUGUCAUUGAAAUUUUCGUGUCGUGCUCGAACACGUUCAUUAUUUAUUAUUCUAUCCACUUUAUAUAUACUAAAAGAACACCAUUUAUUGUGAAUAAGACUUGUGCUGACAGGGCCGUGGCGUGAUCUGCUAGUAUCAUUGGUGGAAUCUAUUCGCUCCUUUGGCUUUAUUUUCAGUUCGAAUUUUAAACAAUAAUUUUGCGUGUACCUGCAAAAUAGCGUACCUAUUCUGAUUUAUUUUAUGACAAUCCACUUAUAUUUUAUAAUAUUUCAGCGCUCUCAUAAGGUGGGCGCCUUUGGAGAGGAUCAAUCAGGCCAAUCGCACGCUAUGGGCCUAGAAGUACUUUGAACCGCAAUUUCAAAUAAAACAAGCGAUUAAAAGAUGUUUAAUAUAUGUUUGUAGGUAGCGCAGCGAUCGAUUCUAUGUCACCGGAAUAGAACUGUCAAACUACGUGUUGUGAACAUUCGAACAGAUGGUAGUAUCGAGUCACUGACUUUCAACGUAUAUCGAUUCGAAAGCUUCUACAGGUUUCUACAAACAGAUUUCGCUCUAGCCUAGCUGUCUGUUAGUUUCGAACGGGCAGAGUUCUUUUCUUUGCUGGAAUUUUAGACGCUUAUCGAGCGGACAUCGGUUGCGAUAGUGUCCGAUUUGACUGCAUCCAAAACACUAGAUGUUUCCUUUCGCGGCUAUCAUGGCCAGGUCCGUUGGCAUUGCUGCAUCUGAAGUCCUAUCAUUGUUAUUAAUAUAUAGUGCACGAGCAUGCGGUAAAUAUCCGUGAUGCAUUUGCGCAGCAGCUCAUCUGGAGACAAGAUCAAUAUAACUGCUACCUCAUGUUUGUAUCUCUCCAAUAUUGCUUCUAAUAAGGCCUGCAAAUUUUCCAUUUGGCUUACUUGUGGGUCUGCUGCCUUGAGCUCGCGGCUAAGUCGAGAGUGUUCGCUAAAAAGUUCGGAUGCGUUUGCGAACUGCUUCUCUCCCAGAGUGAACAGUUGCCUACGCAAUGAUAUGGCCGCGUGCGUCCCUGUUCGUUGAAAUGCAUGAACCAGCGUGUUCACACAUUCCUUCGCAUAAUCGCAGUUAAUAAUGUUUAGUGUCAUUUCGUUGGAGAUUGUGCUGCAUAUUUCGUCUACCAUAGCAGCAUCUUCCUCACAUCAUUGAAUGUUUUUCGCUCGACGCACCUGUUCCUGCUGUUCAGUUUCAUGUCGGUCUGUCCUGGCGAAUUUUUCCUCCAGAAGUGUACGGUCCAGUGUGUGAAUAAGUAUGAUCCUGGUGAAAUGGUGCUGCAGUCUCAAUCUCCACGCAACGAACUUCCGUUAAUUGCCGUUGAACACUCCUACAGCCAAUACGCCUCCAGCUUGCAAUCCUUGUAUGCCUCCAGCUGGCAGUCCAAUUCUGAGUCGAGUUGUACCGCCGCUGUUGAUUGGUCCUGACAAAACUGGUAGACCACCGCCAUUGUCUCCGGCUGGCUCCUCCGGCUCGAACUCGUUGAUACCGACCACUGGCAGUCCAUAACUGAAUUUAUUUGUUAUCGAUAUCAUCAUCCGAUGUUGCAGUCGCUGGCAAAGGUCCUGGGUCCAUAACCUGUUGAUCUCUAGUAGAUCCACUUAUCCGCCUAUCAGUCUGUAGAUUGAAAGCUAUUUCCUUGACAUCCUCGAAAGCACUUUAUUUUGAAUGACAUAACACUUGUACGGCCGCAGUAUUGACAAUCGACCAACAAGAUACAUUUGCGAUAGAUUAAACACAUGAAAUAUCAUCCUACGCGCACAUAAGAAAAUGAGUGAUAAUAUCUGAUUACAAGUAGUGUUUGUCUGGGCUAACUGCUUCUGUUUCACCACAAGAUGUCUCUACGAUUACAUUGAGUUGUAUCAUAGCUAAAACCUAAAGAUUGCCUAAUCUGUAGGCGUAAACGAAAAUUAUUUUCCUAACAAGAGUUCAAAACAAUUUGCUGUGUUCGUAUGUUUCGGCACAAAACCCACAGAAUUAGCCGCAUAUCGGUCCUUCGUGGAUUUAGAGUAGUGGCAUGAAGCCUAAUCGAAUCCAAACAACGGUUUUUUUUAUCGUGCUGUCUCUAAAAUAGCAAAUGCUGUUUUUGGAUGGACUCAGCUUUGGGAAUCUUGCCAUUUACGAUGCUUUUGGUCACGAAUGGUCAUCCCCAGCAAACUUGUCCUAACCCGUAAAAUAUUCCUCUCCCGGCAAUUGCUUAAAAUCCGCUUGCCGUAGGUAUCUUCCUCAAUGAAAUGUUUCCGAGCACGCAUUUUGGCAACACUCUACCGGCAUUCGUACUCAUUUGGAAAGUUCUGCACCUUCUAGGUUUUCAAUUCAAAAUGUUUCUUGGUCCUCCGGACGAAACUUUGGGAAACAUCAAAUUUUUUGGCCAAGUCACGCAUCGAAAUGUUCGGAUUCCGCUUUCGCUGAGCAAUCAGCGUUCUCUUGUUUUUUUUGCGUGUUGUUCCAGGUUUUCGUCCAGCUCUGUGCUUGCAAUGUCGUAUAUACAGGUAUGGCGAAGAGGGCAAUUUGGUACUCGUAAGAUGAAUCUUACAUGAGUGGUGUGAGUGAUCACAGAAUAAAUCGACUUGCUUUCGUCAUACCGGUCGUUCCGCUCCCAUUGAAUCGUGUCAACGCUACGACGUGGACCCGUUGUGCUUCUGGAUUGUUUACAUAUUUUUGGUUGCCAACACUAGCAAACCGUGUGUUCUGCCACACCUAUAUAUAUAUAUAUAUACCUCAUUGCUUUGCUUGUGGUCUACUGUUAUCCGUUCCUAGAAACUUUGAACGAGCUUUGCGACGGUCUAAUGAAGUAUAUUUAUCCUUUUCCUAAGGCUUUCAGCUGAGUUGGUAUUAUACCAUUUUGACGUUUGAAUUCGGAUGCAAACAAUCGUUUAUACGACGAAUUGAGUGGUAAACAAAAUGCUUCUGGGCUUAAGGAGAGAGCGGUAGUAUAAAAUUGUGGGCUCUAAGUGUGCGUAUUUUGCACGACAGACUUUUUUCAAUGUGAAUGAACAAAAUAAUUUCGCGGACGGCUUGCCGCUUUUCUUCCAUCUCAACCGGAAUUUCACUGACAAUUGCACAACUGAGCCAGGGAUGCCAGGUGAUAUUUUGAAAAAUCUGUGCGCGGCCCAUUUAAAAAUCUGUGUCUAUCUGUGUCACGGAAAACGUGCCAAAUUUGGCUGAAAACAAAUUGUGGUGACCUUUUUUUUUAUUUUAGCGCGAGUCAAAAUUUAAGCGCAAGGUAAAAAAUUGAGAAAUCUGUGCAUUCUAGAAGAAAACUGUGGAAAUCUGUGCAGUUUUUGCAAUCUGUGCAGCAUAUUGAAAAUCUGUGAAACACAGAUAAAUCUGUGCACUUGGCAUCUCUGAACUGAGCGGAUGUAAACAAUACACUCUAAAGAGAAACUGGGACAAUUUAGUUAAAUCCGGUUGAGUAUGAAAAUAGCUGCGCAAGUUUGGAAAUCGAAAAAUGCGAAAUAUAUAUUUUGAACUUCAGACAUUUAAAUGGUUAGCUAGAGCGCCUUUGAUUAGCCUGAGUCAAACUUGUUGAACACACUCACGAACCAACUUCGAACUCCAGACGGCAUUGAUUCUAUGAUUAAGCUCUCGUUUCGGGCUGUUAUCGAUUCAAACAACUUAGUUAUCACGUUUUAUAACAAGGUAAGGAAAGUUAGCACGGGAAUGGAAACAAAGAAAAAGACAGAGCCGAAACGUAGUUAAAGCAAACCUAUUUAUGGAAGGCAAUAGAUAUAUCUAAAUUUGAACGAACCGGGCAGAAAAAUGCAUAAAAAAAGUAAACCAGAGAGCCAGAGAUUGAAAUUUAUCAAAUCUGAAUUUAAUGCACAACAGAAAUCAAAUUAGAUUCCAUAAUUAAAGCAGGAGAAUCUCAACUAAAGCAUAAAAACAAAAAUGAAACGAAACCCCUUUCGGCAAGAGAGACAGACUUUCAGCUCAAUUUUUAAUGUUACAAAAUAGAGGAAGAAACCGCGGAAACCAAUGCAUGUCAUCUCCAUUUACCAAACCAAACCAAGCAAACGAAGAAAACCCAAACAACAAAGAGUGAAAUAAACAAUUUUAGGUGUCUAAUUGUCUCUGUCUGUUUGUUGAUAAAAGUAAAAAAUGAAAAGAAAAGGAACCGCGGAAAGGGGCCGUCAAAUUCCGAACAAAACAAAAUAAAAUCGUUGUGAUUCCAGUCCACGAGCCGGAAAGUGCUCGAAGGAACAGCGAGGGCAAAGUAAACAACUCACAUUAUGCCAAUUAUUAAGUUUAAAAACGAGUUUAAAUCAAUCACUCAAGUGAAUUCUGGAGGAAACAAAAAAAAUAAAGAAACGAAUCUUGUAAAUAUAGUGCCCACAAACGAAAAGAAUGAAGAUUUUUCGAAUCUUAAAAAAAAACAGGUUAGAGCGAUCAUAGGCCAAAAGCCGAGAGAAAAGUCUUUAUUUAUAGAUAAAGUCAUUAAAGUAUGAUAAUUGAUUUUUUAAAUCUUGAAAAUCGAUAGGGAAUAACAGAAUAGCGAAAAUAUGAGCAGAGACAUACACACAUACACGAGAGGAUAAGAACUGUAAAUAUUUCUUGUAUUAUAUUAUUAAAGCUAUAAAUAUAAUAAAAAUUACUUUCAAAAAGUUUUUUAAGAGGGAACGAAGAGCAAAAUUUAUAUACAUGUAUUAUAAUGGGAGAAAGCAUGGCAUGUUUUAUUUCAACUUUCAAACUAAUUCAGAUCGAAUGGAACUAAGAAAACAAAAAAAACUGCAGUGAGCGGAAACUUUAAAGCAAAAAUCAGGGAAAUUCACAGCAACAAAAACGUGGCAGAUUCUCAUCAGUAUAAACCGCAGCAUAAAGUUAAAAACUUUCCCUCUCCCCUGAGCAACACAGAUGAACAAUUCAGUUGAAUUUACAAUAAAAUAAAUUAGCGAAUUUCUUAACUUCUUAGACAAUAAUUAAUUAACCAAAAAAAUAACAACAAAAGAACGAUCGAAAAGAUUGAAGCAAAGCAAAAGUAAUCCGAGUCCAACGUCUAACUGCCCGUCUUUGAUUCAAACAUAGAAAAAAAAUCAACGCGGACACUUCAAUUUCGAUUCUCAAUUACGAAACCGGAAAACUCAGAUGAAAAUACCUCAAAUUGUCAGUCGAGCAACAGCCUGAGGGAAGAGAAAUCGUACAGGUUAAUGUAGUGGCACUCCAACACUCUCUUUGUUUUAGAUAGUUAUUGUUUGUAAAUAGCACGUUGUUUUAAGGUCGAUCAACGCAAACGCAAAAGCCUCUCCAUCAAAUUAUUUGCCAAAGAGAAAAAAACAUUGCAAAAUGUUGUCAGUUUUAAAUUUGUGUGUAAAAAAAAGUGCAGCGAAAUCAAACAUUUAAGUUAAGUUAUUUAGUACUACUUUUAGUCACUACAUGCUAAGGCGUACCUAUAUUUUUUCUGUAUUUAAGUUGCUGACAAACCGAGAGCUUAACCGUACUAAAAUACUCCUUAAUAAGUAAGCGACCAGUUCGCAGGUUUUUAAUUUUAACCAGCUAACAAUGUAUUGAAGCAAACGAACGAAUAAUUUAUUUAUCUCCUAGACCCCCGAAUUACUUUUGUUCAAGAUGAUCUCAUAUUAUCAAACGACACAAUUACGAAAGCACAGCACCUGAACAGCCCCGAAUAUUCUGUUACAUAGAAUAAACCCUUCGAUUAGACCUAAAACGGAACGAAUUGAACAACCCCUUGUAUCAUAUUGUGAAUGGACAAACAAAUUCAUCAAAUCUUCUUAGAUAGUCAAAGAGAAAAAAACAAACAAUCCAAUAUUCUGCUCACACUGAAAACAAAAACUUUACAAUCAAACGAAAUCGCAGAGCCAAAUUAGAUGAGAAGUUAAAAAAAAUACAUUUUCCUCACCAUUCAAAGUUAUUGUAAAAAGAGUAAGCGAACCGCGAAACCUUCCGUUCCGUCGUUUUCCCAACCCAUCCAUUCAUCCAGUUGCAAAAUUUUACGUUAUUGGUUUUGUCCACAAACACACACAUACUGAUGAACAGAAGAAAAAUAAUGCAAGCUAACCGAUGCAGAAAACAAAAAAAAAACAAUGAAGGCAUUGUGUACAGAGAACGACGGUAAAGACAAAAAAAAAUAGUUUCAAAAACUUAAACGAGCAGCUGGAAGAAAAAUGUGAACUAUGAAGCAAAAUGGUUAAACUGUGAAAACCCUGACAAGGCAAAGGGACUGCCCAUGACUGCAAAAGGCUGCUCGUACACAGAUUUGAAAGUAAAAACCGAAAAUAACACGAUAAAAUGCAGUUUAUGGGAGGAAAAAAGUCGAACGCGAAGAAUACGAAGAUAAAAAAAACAAAUUUUCUGUCAAAUAUAUACACAUUAAAUAAUUUUUAAUAAAUUUAAUUAUUUUUAAUUACAAAUUAAA